AUGAAUGAAUCAACAAAUAAACGUGUACGCUCCAGCAAUUGGGAUGAUUAUGAUAAAGAGGUCCUUCGAACCUUGGCGCUGCAGCGGGCUGAAAUAUUGGAAAAUAAAGACACUACAACUAAAGUUAAUGCUGCUAAAAAAAAGGCAUGGGAGGAGGUUGUGACUAGUUUCAACAGAGUUUCACGUAAUAAAAGAGAUUUGCCCCAAAUUCUAAAUCAAUGGAGGAACAUGAAAACUAGGGCUAAAAGUAUGUCUAAUGAGAGAAGAGAUAGUAGUUCAACUAGUAAUGAGUUUAUUUUACCAGAAGUGGAAUUGAUUGUCGAACCAGAGGCCUCAACUGUACGGGAAGUAUUUUCAGCAGGUACCUCUAAAAAAGCUAAAAAGAAAAAUAAUUUGAAAUCAAAUUGCUGUAAUCAAGACCAUGAACAUGAUAUAUAUCUCCUUGCAAAGAAAAGCAGAGAAGAAGUCAUGUGGCAACAGAGGCAACUGCAUGAAACCAGAAUGCAGCAAGAGAAGGAGAUUCAUGAAAAAAGGAUUGACUUAAUGAGACUAGAGGAAGAAUAUUGGCGAUUAAAAAUGAAACGUAUUUAUGAAACAUAG